GGCCGCGGCUUGGCGCCAGCUCCGCCUUCCGCUUGCGACGCGCAGUCGGUAGAGCCGGUGUAUGUGCGGCAGUAACGUGUCGGCCCCCCUGCCCGCCAUCGUGCCCGCCGUCCGGAAGGCCACCGACGCGGUAAUUUUCCUUCAUGGAUUGGGAGACACGGGGCAUGGAUGGGCAGAAGCCUUUGCAGGUAUCAGAAGCGCCCACAUCAAACACAUCUGCCCGCACGCACCAGUUAUGCCUGUAACAUUAAAUGUGAACAUGGCCAUGCCUUCUUGGUUUGACAUUAUUGGGCUUUCACUAGAUUCCCAGGAAGAUGAAACUGGAAUUAAACAGGCAGCAGAAAGUGUAAAAGCUUCAAUAGAGCAAGAGGUGAAGAAUGGCAUUCCUUCUAACAGAAUGAUUUUGGGAGGAUUUUCUCAGGGAGGGGCUUUAUUUCUGUACACGGCACUGACCACACAGCAGAAGCUGGCCGGCGUCACCGCUCUCAGCUGCUGGCUGCCCCUGCGGGCCUCCUUUCCGCAGGGUCCUAUCAGUGGUGUGAAUAGAGACAUUUCUGUUCUUCUGUGCCGUGGAGAUUUGGGUCCAUUAGUUCCCCUAAUGUUUGGUUCUCUUACUGCUGAAAGGCUAAAAACAUUGGUAAAUCCAGCCAAUGUAACCUUCAAAACCUAUGGAGGCAUGACGCACAGUUCAUGUGAACAGGAAGUGAUGGAUAUCAGGCAGUUCAUUGAUAAACUCCUACCUCCCAUUGAUUGA